UCGGUCCUGCCAAGGGACACAGACCUCAGACAACCCACCCUGUGCUCCCACACAGUGUCCCCAGGUGCUGUCCCCCCGGUCCAGGGGAACACGUUCAAAUGCAGCUAAAGAGCAGCUGCCAUCCUCCUCCUCCUCUGCCACCCUCACCCAGAGGCUCUGGGGAUCAAUAUGGUGCUUCAGCACUUGCUGAGCCUGCAGCCCUCAGGCCARUGCUUGGGUUGCUGCAGGGCGGCUGAAGCAGCCAGUGCUGCCCUCGGUCACAGCACCGCAGGGGAAAUGCUCCUCAGAGCCUGGGGCCCUCCUGCACCAAGGGGACAGCUCAGGGCACCCUCAGGGUCUCUCCACAAGGCAGGAGGGAGCAGUUGUGGCUCUCCCUGGCUUCAGCAGGGACAGCCAGGACAGAUGAAGGUCGCCUUAAUGAGUGUCUUCAUCGGGUACCAGUGUCGUGACCUGGUGACAGCCCUCGGCAAGGAGCAGAGCUGGCUCCCUGGCCAGCCCAGGGGCGAGCAGAUCCACCCCAGCAGAAGGAGGGGCAAGGGAGCAGCCAGUCAGCACCGGCUGAGCCGGGGCACAGGGGGUUAACAGCCCCUUGACUCGCAGCAGCCGCAGCCGCCAAAUUAGCUUUUUGCUGCCCUAAUGGAAACCAAUUCCCCAGCUCUCCUUUUCCCACUAACCGCCUGAGCUCUGGAUAAUGACAUUCCUGCGUGUCCUUCACCCUUUGGCCACUCCUUCCCCGCCAGSAGCCCGCGGCUCCCCCUCGGCCGUGCGGACCGCCGGGCUCAGCCCCGCUGCUCACCCCAGGGCUGGGGGUGCUGGGGGUCCCCAGCUCGGGGUUGUGCUGAGGAUGAGGGCAGCGGGAAGGACCGCGGCUGGGAGAGAAGCAGCCCCGGGAGCGUGAYCGCCGCCCCCGCUCCCAGCCUGGGUGCAGGAUGGGACACGAGGGGUCCCAGAGGUGACGGGYUUAUUCCAGCAUUCUGCCAGAAGCUGGGCAGAGGCGGAGCAGCCGCUCGAUGGAUUACAGCCGGCCCCGUCUCUCCGGCGGCUGCACAUCGCUACGGCCGAAGUGGUCCUGAGCUCCCCUGGGGACAAGUGACCACGCAGGGUCGGUGCUGGCUGCGCAUCGCUCUGCCCACUCGCAGGGACCGGGACGGGGACCGGGCCAGGGCCACCGCCGCGGCCACCACUCCCCGCGCCGGGGCCAAUGGGAUCCCGCCCGGCCCCCUCGCCGCGCACCGCCCGUGCGUAAAUAGGGGCAGGAGCGGGACCGCGCUCCGGAGAUGCAGCCCGGGAGGGAGCCGGACCGGGCCCGCCGGAGGUCGCAGCGUGCGGAUGUGCCCCGGCGGCGCCGAGCCCUGAGAAACUUCGCACUCCAGGGAUGAGCAGCUCCAGGAGGCAGCGAGGCGCCCGCCCAGCCCGACACACAGCUCCGCAGCGCCCGAGAGCCUCAGCCCCCSGAUGCUGAUCGCCGGCUCCCAGCCGACCCCCGGCAGCCCCCGGCCGGCCGGAGCACAGGUACGAGGCAGCGUCGGCUGAGCCGCGGCAGAGCCGGGCAGGGCGAUGCCACCCUUCAGCUCUUUUCAAGCCCCACGGCAGGAAUCGGGAUCCUCUUUCGCGGGGUGCAAAAGGGCGCCUGUGGAUGCUUGGUAGAGCCAAGCCAGCACUGGGACAGAGUCGGGAGGACGGCGGCAGAUUUCGUUCCGCGUCUCAUCGAGCCUGGCUGCACAGAGGCUCCCGCCCGCCACAAUGUCCCCGCYGGUGGCCGCGGGCCCGCUCUGGCCGCGGGUGGCAAAGCUGCUCCUGCUGCUGCUCCAGCUGUGCGCCGCCGGCCGCGCUCCCCGAGCCUCCCCGCAGCCCCAGCGCUGCCCCGCCGCCUGCAUCUGCACCUCCGACCUGCUGAGCUGCAGCCGGCAGAUGCUGCAGCGGGUGCCCCAGGCACUGCCACCCACUACCACCACAUUGGACCUCAGCCACAACGCCCUCACYCAGCUCCACGACCGCUGGCUGGCCACCCUCCCACACCUCGAGGCCCUUCACAUCAGUCACAACCAGAUUCGGGACCUUUCUCCGCAGGCUUUCCACAAUGCCUCCUUCCUGCGGCACCUGGACAUGUCCUCCAACCACCUGCACACCGUGGAGUCGCACUACUUCGAGGCGCUGGUGAGCCUGGAGGAGCUGCUGCUCUACAACAACCGCAUCAAGCGGGUGGAUGAAAACGCCUUUGCCAAGCUGAGCGGUCUGCGGAAAGUCUACCUGAGCUGGAACAACCUGACCGCCUUCCCCUUCCACGCAGUGCAGGGGCUGGGAGUCUACAACCUCCGCACUCUGGACCUCUCCUCCAACAGUCUGAGCAGCAUCCCUGUGGAGGUGCUGGCGGCUCUGCCUGAAAGCAUCAGCAAUGGUUUGUACCUGCACAACAACCCCAUCAGGUGCAGCUGCCCACUCUACCUGAUGCUCCAGCACUGGAAUCAGCGAGGUUUCAGCUCCGUCAAAGAUUUCUUUGAGGAACACACCUGCAAGGUGUCUGACAGUGUGCCCCGGUCCCUGGUMAAGUUCCUCAAACACAGCCACAUGUUUGAGAACUGCUCGGGAGGCACCGAAGAUGCRCACCUCUUGCACUUGGAGGUGAUGGUGGGCCAGCCCAUCCUGCUCACCUGUAACACCAGUAACACCAGCCUGACGCAUGCAGCCACCACCUACAUGUGGAUCACCCCUCACCACGAGCCCAUCAAAGCCCCAGGAAACAGCAAUCGCUCCCUGGAGGUCUAUGCCAACGGCAGCCUGAGGAUUGCUGUAGCCAAGCCCUGGCUCUCAGGGGUCUAUGUAGGCUUGGCCAUGAACAGCCCCUACAACUUCAGCAGGAUGUGCGAGUUCAAUGUGACCAUUCUCUACCCCAAGCCAGCUGGGGAGACCUUCAGCACCGGCCUCACGACCCUGCUGGGCUGCAUUGUGAGCCUGGUGCUGGUGAUCAUCUAUUUGUUCCUCACACCGUGCCGCUGCCUGGGCUGCUGCAAGAAGCCGGCCCCGCUCAGCCCCCCRCAGGAGUGCAGCGCCCAGUCCUCCAUCCUCAGCACCACUCCCCCUGCCACUGACGGGCCAAACCGCAAGGCCAGCGCCAACAAACACGUUGUCUUYCUCGAGCCCAUCAGGGAGACACAGAACGGCAAGAUCCGCCUGGCCCUCGGCGAGGACUUCCCYGACCCCAAGCACCCCAAGGUCCUGCAGUUCAAGUCGGACUCAGAGUCCAUCAGCUCUGUUUUUUCUGACACCCCCAUUGUGUCAUAGCGGGGCAGAGCUGGGAGCAGUUGGCAUCUCCCAAGAGCUGGUCUCCUCCAUYGCUGCUAGAACAGGAUUACUGGACACCCCGAGUUCCUGGCUUGACCACGACCCACGGGAGUGAUCUGCACCACCCACAGCCGCUUCAGCCAUGGGCUCCUGGUGGGUUUUUGGCCACAGGCACACUGAUACCCUGCAAGAGCUCCUUGCACAAUCCGCUACAAUGGCCUUGUUAGUACAAYGGUAAUGCCGAUGAACCCAUCAUGCUGGAGAAACUCCCCCUUCAUGUGGGCACCCACCCUCCCUCAUGGUGACACUGGGGCUGGGCGUCUGCCAUGUCCCCAGGCAUGAGAUGCCCACCUGASACCACUGCCACAGACCACCCCAGGCCAAGGAAUAGCUGUGACAAGUGGGACACUGUCCUGGUUCAUGCCACGGCCCUCAGGAAUGGUGAUGCCAGUGCCCAUCAGCAUGCCACGGCUGGAAGCAGGGGAACUGUGUCCCCAUCACAGGAGGGGGUACACACUCUCUCCCCAAAUGUGGCCACACAGGAGGGAUGGAGCUCAGCRCCUGUCCAGCCAUGCAGCCAAGCAAACCUUACAAGCUUUUGCAUCCCGAGAAGCUGUAAAUCGUCAAGGCAGGAUUAGGUGAUGAGACACAGCACCCAGCCCGCAUUGCUCAGAGCUCCCCGUGCCACCAAGGACACUGAGGUCUCCGCUGCACCACGCGCUCCUUCGCUGCUUCUCCUUGAGGCGGACACGCGCUGCUCAAGCACAGCUAUUUAGGCAGUAACCUAAUCAGCCUAUCGAUAAAUGUGAGUAAUCCUCCCCUCUCCUGGGUCGUAAUUCUCUAGGUCCAUUGGAAUAAA